UUUGCUCCACUUCUCGCCGAGGAGGCGCACAGUACAGUUUCUCGCUAUCCUCCUUCGUCGCUCAUAAAAAGGGGCUGGACCACAGACAAGGGCACAGAGGAAGAGCCAAAACAUAAUUUCUGACAGGAUGAACAACAGUUUCCUAAACAUGGCGUCGAUAGGCGACUUCGACCCGCUCAACGCGUCUAUUCCUGCCACCAAAGUUGAAAUCACAGUGUCCUGCAGAAACCUGCUGGACAGGGACACCUUCUCCAAAUCAGACCCAAUUUGUGUUCUCUACACACAAGGCAUGGGCAACAAGGAGUGGAGAGAGUUUGGGAGAACGGAAGUGAUUGACAACACGCUAAACCCCGACUUUGUGCGGAAAUUCAUUUUGGACUACUUCUUCGAAGAGCGGCAGAACCUCCGAUUUGACUUGUAUGAUGUUGACUCCAAGAGUGCCAACCUGUCGAAACACGACUUCCUGGGCCAGGCCCACUGUACUCUUGGAGAGGUGGUUGGAUCGAUGGGCAGUCGCAUGGAAAAAGCUCUAGGAGGCAUUCCAGGAAAGAAAUGCGGGACCAUUAUUGUGAAAGCUGAGGAGCUGAACAACUGCAGGGAAUCGGUGAUGAUGCAAUUCUGUGGGAACAAGCUAGACAAAAAGGAUUUCUUCGGCAAGUCUGACCCGUUCCUGGUCUUCUACAGGAGCAAUGAGGACGGCACGUUUACCAUCUGCCACAAGACUGAGGUGGUGAAGAACACAUUGAACCCGGUGUGGCAGGCCUUUAAGAUCCCUGUUCGAGCUCUUUGCAAUGGUGAUUAUGACAGAACAAUCAAAGUGGAGGUGUACGACUGGGACAGAGAUGGCAGUCAUGACUUUAUCGGGGAGUUCAGCACCAGUUAUAGAGAAUUAUCCAGAGGGCAGAGCCAGUUCAACGUCUAUGAGGUGGUAAAUCCAAAGAAGAAAGGGAAGAAGAAAAAAUACCUCAACUCUGGAACGGUAACACUGCUGUCAUUCCUGGUGGACAUUGAAGUCACCUUCCUGGACUACAUCAAAGGAGGGACCCAGAUUAACUUCACAGUGGCCAUUGAUUUCACAGCUUCCAAUGGUAACCCAGCACAGCCCACCUCGCUCCACUACAUGAGUCCCUACCAGCUGAAUGCCUACGCCAUGGCCUUGAAGGCAGUGGGGGAGAUCAUCCAGGACUACGACAGCGAUAAGAUGUUCCCCGCCCUGGGCUUCGGAGCCAAGCUGCCACCUGACGGACGGGUGUCCCACGAGUUUGCCUUGAACGGGAAUCCUCAGAACCCUUACUGUGCAGGAAUCGAUGGCGUGAUGGAAGCCUACUACCAGAGUCUGAAGUCUGUUCAACUCUAUGGACCCACCAAUUUCUCUCCUGUCAUCAACCAUGUGGCCAGGUAUGCAGCCUCAGUGAAGGACGGCUCCCAGUACUUUGUGCUCCUCAUCAUCACGGAUGGUGUCAUCUCUGACAUGGCCCAGGCCAAGGAGUCUAUUGUCAACGCCUCCUGUCUGCCAAUGUCAAUCAUCAUCGUGGGGGUGGGACCCGCAGAAUUUGAUGCCAUGAUUGAGUUAGACGGUGAUGAAGUCAGAAUCUCGUCCAGAGGAAGAUAUGCUGAGAGGGACAUUGUUCAGUUUGUCCCAUUCAGAGACUACAUCGACCGAACGGGAAACCACAUCCUGAGCAUGGCCCGGCUUGCCAAAGACGUUUUGGCCGAGAUCCCCGACCAGUUCCUCUCCUACAUGAGAACCCGCGGUAUCAAGCCAUCGCCGGCACCGCCUCCCUACACGCCACCGGGGCAACCCCUCCAAACCCAGAUAUGAGGAGCAAGCAGGAGAAGGGUUUUGGAGUCCAGAGGUUUGCUGAGCUGACUUUAAAAGCAUAAAAAAUACUUCCAUCUCCUUAAAGCCACUCUCUAGCCUUGGCGUCAUGGAUCACGGUGGUCUUUCUCGUGUUCAGGAAGCUGCAUGCCGGGCCAGGAGAGUGACGCUUUUGAGGACAGGAAAAGCCAAUGAGAGUCUGUUUACUUCCACUGUCAAGCAUUCCCGUUACUGUCUGGAAUUUUUGUGAAGCCUGGGGAAAACCCGGACAGGCUUUGGUGAGUCUGGAUUCAACCUGGAACGAAGAAAGAAUGAAGGAACUGUUUUUAUUUUUGUUUGUUUGUUUGAUUUUUGAAAACACGGUAAAGAGAAUGUCUCCAGACAAAAACUAAGGAAUCACUUGAUCUUAAAUGAACACUUAACUUUUCCUGUAAAUAACUGGACAUAUGUAACUUCUUUCUUUCUGUCUCUCUUUCUAUCUCUCUCUCUCCAACUCACUCAUUGUUUACAGUAAAUGCUAACAAGGAUUUUUACUGUUGAUACUUUUAUAUACACAUAGUUUCAAUAUAAAGCUUGUAAUACUCUCUCUCUUUCUAUCUCUGUCUCUCUAUCCCUCUUUCUCUCUCUCUCUCUCUCUCUUUCCUGGCAUGUGCGUCAGGUAGCAGCAGUGCAGGUCCUGGUAGCCCUUCUGUACCGUACCGUACCGUGCUGUACCGUACCGUACUGUAUUCUGGUGUUUGUAUUAACCUUUUGCAUGAGUGUAGCCUCAGUCAAGUGCAUGCAUACGAUAGUGGCCCUGCACUACCUCUUCGAACCAUCUGUCUGUCUGUCUGUCUGUCUACCUGUCUGUCUGUCUGUAGGGGGUGAGUGCCUGUAUCUCCAUUUGUUACUUAACCCUGUUUGUUUGUCUGCACUGCUCUCAGGCCCCAGAGGUCUGUCUGUGUCUAUCUGCCUUCUUAUGAAGCUUUCC